AUGUCCCAUCAGUUGUAUGGAUCUGGGUCCGAAAUGGACAUGGGCUCGACUCAUGAUACAAGCUUUGGAAGACUUGAAUUCAAAGCCGAGUUUGAGCAAGCUACGUGGUUUCGACAAGAAGCGUACGCUCGUAUUGUUGUUCCUGGGAUGCACGUAGCAAGAUUCCUUCCGUUGAGCUUACAAUUUAUUGGUGGGAAAAGGUCGAACAAGCUUAAGGAGCCACUUUAUUUGACCAAUAUCCGUGUUGAAUUACAAGAAUUCAGAUGUGUGCCUAACAGGGACUUUGAACUCACAGACAUCGAGGGUUUGGUGUUGUCAGAGAAGGAUGUCUCCUUGGCGAUCGACCCGCUGAACGGGAAAAUCAUGGUACCCCAUACGAUGUACAAUUGUGUGAUUCCAAAAGUGGGUCCCACGUUUUUUACCGGGGACUUCACCAGAACAUAUGGCCUAAACGUCACAUUGACGAUCUCCAGCGAACAGAUUCCCACUUUCAAGGCAACUGCGUUUAUCGAGCUUCACAUGGCAGUGAAAAAGUUCAUACGGAUGAGCGAAAAAAACGUACAUCAGUCCCUUUCGGGUUAUUUGGGCGAUUAUGGCGACGAAUUUUCCAAACGCAGAUUUUUCAUGGACGAUCUUCAAAGAAUUGAGGCGACUUCCGAUGGUUUGCUGUCGUUCAGCCGUUUGGGAGCAGACGGAUUCACAGGAAAGUUCCAACGGUACGCCUUUCUGUUGCACCGAAGUGGUGAAAAGGGAUGCGUUAUUCUAUCUGCUGAUAGGACUUACAAGUCGAAAACUUCACAAUGUGAAGAAGAUGGCAAAACCACCUUAGAAAACCCAGCGGCUAAGUGUCAGAUGUGGUUGAAGGGCUCUUCUGAAUCAACGAAAUCUCACACCUUCAAAGUGCACAAGAUGUUGAACAGGUGGAACAUGUUGGCCAGGAGCAUAAGGCUGUUCUCCACCAGCAGGCCACAAUUUUCCUUUGUGGGUGUCUCGCCUGUGCGCUUGGUCGAGGGCGUGGAGGUUUCCACAGAACAGAUCCCUCCAGAGUUCUGCAAAUCAUUCACCAAGGGUAAACAGAGAUUCAUGCUAGAUCAGAAUAUCGUCGUCAAGGGACCUAAAGGUGUCUUGAGAACUCUUGUACCCAGCUUUGUGAAAGUGAAGCAAGACGGUGAGCUAAUCACUGUCCUGGUUGAAGAUCCAACCGACAAGGUCCAGAGAUCCAUGUGGGGAACAUCAAGAGCUAUCGUGCAUAACAACGUCAUCGGCACGUCCGAGGGCCACUUAGCCAUCGUCAAGUUUGUGGGUGUUGGUUACAGAGCUCUUUUAGAAGAAGAGAACGGCUCCCAGGUUGUGGGCUUGAAAGUGGGAUACCCAUACACACCCAGAUACAAGGUGCCAAGCGACUUGAAAGCAUCCUUGCCGUCGCCAGCACGUCUUCUAAUUGAGGGCAUUGACAAGCAACAGGUCAAGUUGUUUGCAGCCCGAAUCAGAGAGUUCAAGAAGCCUGAGCCAUAUAAGGGUAAGGGUCUCUAUGUUGAUGACGAGACGAUCAAACUCAAGCAAAAGAAGAUCAAAUAG